GCAAAGAAAGAGUUUCCCAUUCCCGUUUUCCUCCAUAUUUGAGUGUGCUCAAUCUCUCUCUCUAUCUCUCUCACAGACGUCUUUCGAUAUGAGCCGAGGAAGUGGAGCGGGCUACGAUCGCCACAUCACGAUCUUCUCACCUGAAGGUCGCCUUUUUCAAGUUGAAUAUGCUUUCAAGGCGGUGAAAUCGUCCGGAAUAACCUCGAUUGGUGUUCGCGGAAAAGAUUCGGUCUGCGUUGUCACUCAGAAGAAAGUUCCGGACAAGCUUCUGGAUCAGACAAGUGUCUCUCAUCUCUUUCCCAUUACUAAGUGCCUUGGACUGCUGGCCACGGGAAUGACAGCUGAUGCCAGGUCAUUGGUACAACAAGCACGAAAUCAAGCUGCUGAGUUUCGUUUCAAGUAUGGAUAUGAGAUGCCUGUAGAUGUCUUGGCUAGAUGGAUUGCAGACAAGUCACAAGUUUAUACUCAACAUGCUUAUAUGAGACCUCUUGGAGUAGUUGCAAUGGUAUUGGGAGUUGAUGAUGAAAAGGGCCCCCAACUCUUCAAGUGUGAUCCUGCUGGUCAUUUUUUUGGUCACAAGGCCACAAGUGCUGGGCUGAAAGAACAAGAAGCUAUUAAUUUCUUAGAGAAGAAACUAAAGAAUGGCCCUGCUUACUCCUAUGAAGAAACUAUUCAGACUGCUAUCUCGGCCCUGCAAUCCGUUUUACAGGAGGAUUUCAAAGCUACUGAAAUUGAGGUAGGAGUUGUGAGCAAAGACAAUCCCCAUUUCAGAGUACUAUCGACCGAAGAGAUCGAUGAACAGUUGGUCUCCAUAAGCGAGCGAGACUAAAAAGGUUCAAUCUACUUAUUAUGCUUUAUUGCCCAAUCAAACACUCCCUUAAUGUUCUUUUUCUUCCUUUAUGCUCAUUGUUGUUGGCUUGUCCCUUACAUUGUAGAACUAGAAGUGUGCAUUUUUAGCUAUUUGAAUAAAUGCUAAAGUUAUUAGAGCCUUGUUCGGUUAUGAAUUAUUUGGGGUUUUUUUAAAUUUGUUUGGUUUGGGUUA